GCAACAUGGCGGAGACGCUUAGUCCAUUCGUUUAUUGGGGACAAAAUUCGGAGCGUAUCUCACUGAAUGUUGCUCUCAGGGAAGUUCAGAAUCCCGAGGUGAACCUUGAUGAUGACAACCUAUCGUUCAAAGCCGCAGGUCAUGGUGUUCAGGGACACAACAAUUAUGCAUUUGACAUUGAGUUUUAUCUUCCGGUUGAUGCAAAGAAAAGCAAAUACCGAGUGACUGAGAAAGGAAUUGAGUUCCACAUCCAGAAAGCCAUCAAGGAAUCAUGGCCAAGGCUCACGUAUCAGCAGAAGAAACCAGCAUGGCUUAAAGUCGACUUUGAUAAAUUUGAAUAUGACUCAGAUUUGGAUGCAGACUCUUCCCCUGAGGAUACUGCUGCCCAGAAGGCCAUGUUUGAUGAUAUUGAGAAGGAUAUUAUGAAGACCAAAGAAUCAGCAUUGGAGGAUAUCCGCUCUGGCUACCUGUUCUUCUACAACUUGUUCCAGUUUGUUGGUUACAGUGUCAUCAUGUUUAAACUGAUUGUGAGAUAUACCAAGGAUGGAGAUGGAGCCAAAUAUACAGCGUUGGAAGACGUCGGCUCGCAGAUGGUGAUUUGUCAGAUUGUCGCUUGUUUAGAAUUUAUCCAUCCAAUGGUCGGUCUCGUCAAGACAGGAUGGUUGGCACCCCUCAUGCAGGUGUUUGGACGGAACCUAGUGCUGUUUGCUGUCAUCUUGAUGAAUGAAGAAAUACGAACAAAGGCCUGUAUUUGGUGGCUGUUUGGCACGUGGGCCACAGUUGAACUUUUCAGGUAUCCAUUCUACAUGUUGAGCAGCAUAAAGAAAGAAUGGGGGCUUAUCACAUGGUUGAGGUACACUGUGUGGAUUCCUCUUUAUCCGAUAGGCUUCAUGGUUGAAGGUUAUGUGAUCGUGACGUCGAUGCCAUACUUCGAAAAGACAAGAAAGCUCAGCCUAGAACUGCCGAAUCCUUAUAAUAUCUCAUUUAGCUUUGUAUACUUCAUGCGAUUCUACAUGUUAUUGCUUUUAGGAGGAAUGUAUAUCUUGAUGAUGCACAUGUACCACCAACGCAAGAAGAAGCUCAUGCCUGACUUCUUGAGACGGCAGCAAGCACGUGCCAGGAACAAAGGGGUUAAGGGCAAACCAGUCGUCAUCAAACAGACAAUCAAAAUGGAUUAAUUCAGGGGUCAUCAAGUGUUAACUAGUCCUCAUCAAAGUAAAAAUAAUAGCAGAAAUCAACUGGAGUGUGUGAUGCAACUCUGAUUCAUAGGGGUAUCAGAAAUACUUCAACAACAGCAACUUAAUAAUAACCCAAAGUGUCUACUGAGAAAAUCAUUCCCUUAUUGUGGGAAAUAUGUGAUAUGUUAGUGGCCUCUUCCUCUAGCCGAUGCUGUUUGCAGAAUACUCUCUUCCUAGGCACUGAUGCUGGUCCGAAGUUGUUAAUUUCCAUGCCAUCUGACCUCUGUAGUCAGGACCCCUCACAAUGCAACCAUUUUUCCUUGGGGUUUUGUGAUUUGUGGAGACGUUCUGGGUAAGCGGCAAAAUGGAGAUUUCUGUUUCAUGUUGUCAAAAGGUUUGACACAAUGUUAUUUAUUUGGUGCAAUUACAUGCCUUGUUUUAUGUAUAUCAUGUUUUAUUACAUUAAUCAAUGUUAAUUUAAUUGUCUUCUCGAUUGGUGUUACCUAUGUUUGUACAUAGCAGGAUGAUAUGUGUAAAUUAUGGAAAUCAUAAUUCAAAAUUGCCAGCAUGCAUGCUCAUUAGGCCAUAGUCUCUGUCAUCAUGAAGAAGUGUAACCUUCAGCAGCCUAUACAGUAUCUGUCUCAUUACCUGACAGGACGAUAGUCUAAUUGAUAGAUACAGAGGAAAGAAAAGACAAACCACGUGGGUACAUCUCAUCCCAUACCAUUAUAUCAAUCACUGCCUAUAGCAUGUUGGGUCUCAAUGUGUACAAAUUCAUGAAGUCUUUGUAAAUCUAUGUAUUCCAUCUUUGAAUUAUUUUCUCAAAUAAAAUUUAAAUGAAAGCUA